AGCGUGCCGGAAGCUUGAUUUUUGUUGUACAGACCUACAUUAUAUCAUUAUAGCGUCUUAUUAUUUUUAGUUUAGGAAUAAAAGGUGCCACGUCGCACCACAUGAAUAGCUAACGUUGGGUAGCCAGCUAAACCUACUUGCCUGUGGUUGCACAUUGACGUCUCACCGUUCAUUUUUGUAUCCUAUACUACUAGAACUAGCCGCGACGUUGACAAGCCAGUUUACCAUGUCUCAAACGUAAAUCUAGGUAGCUAUUGCUGUUAACUCUAUCGUUGUUGCAGUGUUAUCUAUACUGUUUGCGUGGGGAAUUUAAAACAUAUAUGUAUCGUACUCGAUCAAGAAAGUGAAGUCAAAUUAAUUAUUAUUGUCCCUACUGUCAUUUUUGAGACCAGCGCGCUAACUCUGCAUGUAUAACUAUAUGGGGGCACAUAUUUGGUGGGGCAACACUAGGGGAGCAAACCCUUGUGUGUGAUUGGAAUAGGAAGUGCCACGUGCAGCUCCGCCCGCCCACGCUCUUGGAAUAUUCCUCUUUGAACCAUUUCAUUUGUUCAUCUACCUUGACUUCUCUCCUAACCAGAUUUGCCAAAGACAAGACAGGAUGGCCCUGGGCAGCUUUGACAUCGACGCCCCCCGCUGGGACCAGUCCACCUUCAUGGGGCGGCUCAAGCACUUCUUCAACAUCACCGACUGGCGCACUGCCCUGCUGCCCGACGCCAAGCUGGACGAGGCCAAGGCCCUGGUCGACAGUUGCAGGGCGGGAACACUGCCCCCUGGCACCACCGAGGAGCAGCUGCACUACGCGAAGAAGCUGUACGACUCGGCCUUCCACCCCGACACGGGCGACCGCAUGAACCUCAUCGGCAGGAUGUCCUUCCAGGUGCCGGGUGGAAUGGCCAUCACCGGCUUCAUGCUGCAGUUCUACAGGACGGUUCCAGCUGUGGUGUUCUGGCAGUGGGUCAACCAGUCCUUCAACGCCCUGGUCAAUUACACCAACCGCAACGCUGCCUCUCCCAUCACCCCCAAACAAAUUGGGGUGGCAUAUGUAACAGCCACCAGCACUGCCCUGGCCACAGCUGUUGGACUGAACCUGUACACCAAGAAAGCGCCCCCUCUGGUGGCUCGAUGGGUUCCCUUUGCUGCUGUGGCUGCCGCCAACUGCGUCAACAUCCCCAUGAUGAGGCAGCAGGAGAUCCUCAGUGGCAUUGCUGUCACAGACGAGAACGGGAACAAGCUGGGACACUCCCGGAGAGCAGCUGUGAAGGGCAUCACACAGGUGGUCAUCUCUCGCGUAACCAUGGCAGCCCCAGGCAUGAUCAUCCUGCCCAUUAUAAUGCAGAGACUGGAGAGAUACAAAUGGAUGCAGAGAAUAACAUUUCUCCAUGGACCAUUGCAAGUGAUGAUGGUGGGAGUCUUCCUCGUCUUCAUGGUGCCUGCUGCCUGCUCUCUAUUUCCCCAGAGAUGCUCGAUGGCCGUCGCUAAUCUGGAGCCUGAGCUAAGGAAUUCCAUCGUCUCCCAGUAUGGCGAAGGCAUCCGCUAUGUCUACUUCAACAAGGGUCUAUGAACCCUCCUCUUCAGGCUUCAAUACCUGGCAGGAUGUGUGGGAUAUGUCCCUUUUGUUACUGGAGCAAAUGGUAGCAGGGUCCUAUAAUGGGGCCAAUCAAAAUGGACGCGUAUUGGGGGAGGGGCUGUCACACAAAAGCUUCUGCUUUGAUUCAGCAUUGUCAGGGCACUGAAAAUACGUACAGGUAAAGGGGUUUUGGGAUACACCAAGCACACACUGAGAACAGUGCUGUUCAGGGCUGGUUAAAAAUGCUUUCUGUGUCCAGAAACCAAGAAUAUGGUUGUUAAUGAUUCUUGAUCUUGUACGAAAGGUUUAAAAUGAAUUUAUAUCAGGAAUAUUAAAUUAGUCAACCAAGUACGUUUAGUUUUUUAGAGACCCUGGGUGCCUUUAAAAUUUUCUUGUUUUAUAAUGUAUGCUGCAUGUCUUUGUGGGUUACAGUUGUGAGGAAAGCCAUUAUAAGCUCAUCUAAUGCCACUUUUGUGUAGAAUCAGGAGUGGUUGAGCUGCUGUGUUUAUUGUAUAUUGGCAGCUGCUAUUGCCAUGUCAUUGCCAAGGAAAUAAUUGGGGGCAACUCAGUGUUUAAAAUGGAUCCGGCCAGACGGUGCGGUCUCACAUGCUCCCCCUAGAGGCCGCGUUUGGUUCCUGCCGACUGAUCACAAAGUGCUUAAGAGGAUCAGAUAUUUGCCUUGGAUUACGUAAUGCUGAAAUCAAACACUUUCCCAGAUCUCAUAAUGGAUCAUGCUGAUAUAUGCAAGAAAAUGACCUCUUUCUUCCCUUCCAAGAAUUCCAAUUAUAUAACCUGAGGAACUGUGUACAAUUUAUGUGACCUACCAAUGAAAAUUAAAGGUGAGGCUCCUGCUGGAGUACACAAUGACCUCAUGUGCAGCCAUGGAAACGGCCUACUAGAUGGAUGAGCCGUCAGUGGUUGUGACAACACGGUGCUGCUAGAAGACAGGCCUCACCUGUUUAAACAUAAUAUAAUCCCUGGUUAAGGUAGGGGCCUGGUAGAGGGGAACACCUCCUGUAUCCCUGACACAGGCAUCACAGGACUACUGCAGUGCUGUUCAGAUGGGGGGUGGUGGCAGAAGACAAAAAUAAAAACUAGUCUCAUUAUCAGCCAACUGAAAGAGGGUCUUGGGGUGUUUGUGACAUCACAAAGCAGAUUAUUGGAAUAUCUGACCUUAUGGGGAUGAAAGAUCACACCCUCCACCUCGUUUCACAUGAGGUUACUUCCUUCAGGACGUGACAUAACCUCUACCAAGUGUGCUUGCCGUGUCUACGGAUCAAAGUGUAACUGUAAGCCCUUCCUGUGAAGGUUAAGUGAAUUUAAAAAAAUAAGUUUGAAAACAGCACCAAAUUUUAUUCACAUAAUGUAUAUAAAUGUACAAGAUUGGCCUCCUGCUACCCAUCACCCAAUAUCAAAGACCCAAACCUACCCCCCACCCACCAAUCCCUUACAUCUGUGCUGUACCCUUAUCUGAAACCACAAAGGAGCUCAACAAUGAACAUGCUCUCCUUUGACUAUGCUGUUACAGUAAAAAAAAUAAAAACAAAGGCAUGCAAAACAUAUAUGUACAUACACACACAGCUGAAGUUGCACAGUAGCAACAAAAUGGACUGUCCUUUACAUUGCUACUAAAGAGCAGAACAGUGACCAUCUUGUGUGCUAUCUGCUCAGCCUAUAAAGAUUUCAUUUUUUCUCUUUAACUGCAGCUGAAAAUGGACUUUGCACUCCAAAUUGUAAAAUGUGUUAAAAUGUACAGGAAAAUGUUUUUAAAAAUGUAAACCACUUGAUCAGAGGUGCUUGGCUUCAACUAGAAAAACAACCAUCACUUCAAUUUUUCCUUCACUGAAGACCUUCAGCAUUCCAUGGCGUGGCUUGAGCUGCAUGUUAAAUAAGAAAUGUAUUAUUAUUACAAACACACACCCACACACAACUUACCGAAAAAUGAAUCCUAAUAACAAAACUUCCAAACUGGAUUCUAAACUAAAUAAUCUAGCAUACAUCCUAUUUCCAUAAUUUCCUGCCAUGUUCUGCACAUAUGGGUAGCAUUAAAAAAUCAUAAGAGUAAUCUGAGACAUACCUUGGAGACAUCAGUCAGAGCUUCUGCUUCUUUGCUGGCUUGAUGGGGAUGAUGUCAUCAUCAAUCUCUUCCAAAUCCUCUGAUACCUCAGAGUCUGAAUCAUCCUCAAAGGCUGGGGAAGGGGAGGGGGUAGUGGUAAGGGAAAUCAAAGGUACCUUGCUGCCAUUCUCCUGCCUUGUGCAUUUACCAUAGUCAUAAAGCAGCACUGUGAAGGGUUUAACAUCCCCUACCAAAUCUGAAUAAUUCAUACCCCGUCUCCCAGUGUUUUAACUGAAGCUUGGGAAGGUGACCUCGUGCGCAUCAUUAGUGAAGUCAAAUCAUGCUUUGGCCCCAGUCUGCAGCUGUAUUUACACCAACGCUGAACUGAGAUAAAACGUCUCCAUACCUCACUCAAAGGCACGGUCUCUUUAAACCACAGCUUUACAGGACUGCUGUGAGAUCUGGCUGCCAAAACCGGUGUGGUUUUGGAAUUGUACUGUAAUGCAAUUCAAAAAAUGCAUCCAAGACCCAACUUGCACACCACCACCCGAGGUUGUGAGGGCCUUACAUGCAAAGGAGACACUGUUUAGGAGACACUCAAAAGAGGAUAACCUGGUGGACUCCCUCUCCUGGGUGACAGAUAUCUAAUGCGCUAAUGUCUUAGGAUUCGAUUUCAGACGUUAAGGUGAAUAUUCCCCAGUAUGGUUUCACCGACACAAGCAAAUUGUACAAAUGCAUGGUGCCUUGAACAUAUGUUAUCCGGUCUCCACCACUGUGGUUAAACAUGUAGUUUAUUAUUUUUACAUUUAAUUUUUAAAUAUAGGACAAGAGCUAUAGAGUUAUCAGAUAUAGAUACAGCCUACAUUAAAUUUAGCUAUUCUUUUCCCUGCUGUACUUUGCAUACAGAGUCAGUUUUGUAAUUUAAAAGAUUUACGUAAAUGGGUACAUUCUUUGGAUCUAGCCUAUAUAUUAUGUCUUUGUUUGUAAUUCUGGCAGCAAUAUAACCUUAGUAUUUUUCAGUUAAGGCUGAUUAUUCCUAAAUACUCAGCAGUAGCUGUUCCACAGUCACACAAUGUUUUGAGAAAUCCUUAGCAUUUUUUCAAUUCUCAAUAAAGAGAGAUAUUUU